AAGCGAAGCCCACACCAAAAUCAUCCUCAAUCCAAAUAUUUAAUCCUAUCCUAUCGUAGCAAAGAAAGAAAGAAAGAAAACCCUAGCUUACCUUUUCAACUUUCAAGAUGCAAAUCUUUGUUAAGACACUCACUGGUAAGACAAUCACCCUUGAGGUGGAGAGUUCAGAUACCAUAGAUAAUGUAAAGUCCAAGAUUCAAGACAAGGAAGGGAUCCCACCAGACCAGCAACGUCUCAUUUUUGCUGGCAAGCAGCUUGAGGAUGGACGUACACUUGCUGAUUACAACAUUCAAAAGGAGUCCACUCUACACUUGGUGCUCCGUCUCCGUGGUGGAAUGCAAAUCUUUGUUAAGACCUUGACCGGAAAGACAAUCACCCUUGAGGUCGAGAGCUCUGACACCAUUGACAAUGUUAAGGCUAAGAUUCAGGACAAAGAGGGUAUCCCACCAGACCAACAAAGGCUUAUCUUUGCAGGAAAGCAGCUAGAAGAUGGCAGAACCUUGGCUGAUUACAAUAUCCAGAAGGAAUCUACCCUCCACUUGGUGCUCCGUCUUCGUGGUGGGAUGCAAAUCUUUGUCAAGACCUUGACUGGAAAGACAAUUACCCUUGAGGUGGAGAGUUCUGACACCAUUGACAAUGUCAAGGCUAAGAUUCAAGACAAAGAGGGUAUCCCACCAGACCAACAGAGGCUGAUCUUUGCUGGAAAGCAGCUUGAGGAUGGCCGUACCCUUGCCGAUUACAACAUUCAGAAAGAGUCCACCCUCCACCUGGUGCUCCGUCUUCGUGGUGGCAUGCAAAUCUUUGUCAAGACCCUCACUGGAAAGACCAUCACCCUUGAGGUGGAGAGCUCUGACACUAUUGACAAUGUCAAAGCUAAGAUUCAAGACAAAGAAGGUAUCCCACCAGACCAACAGAGGCUCAUUUUUGCUGGAAAACAGCUUGAAGAUGGCCGAACCUUGGCAGAUUACAACAUCCAGAAAGAAUCUACCCUCCACUUGGUGCUCCGUCUUCGCGGUGGUAUGCAAAUCUUUGUGAAGACCCUUACUGGGAAGACCAUUACUUUGGAGGUAGAGAGCUCUGACACAAUUGACAAUGUGAAGGCAAAGAUCCAAGACAAGGAGGGUAUUCCUCCAGACCAGCAAAGGUUGAUUUUUGCGGGAAAGCAGCUUGAAGAUGGACGUACGCUGGCAGACUACAACAUUCAAAAGGAGUCUACCCUUCACCUUGUCCUUCGUCUGAGGGGAGGUAUGCAGAUCUUUGUGAAGACUUUGACAGGGAAAACUAUCACCUUGGAGGUUGAAAGUUCAGACACAAUUGAUAAUGUCAAGGCAAAAAUACAGGACAAGGAAGGUAUCCCCCCAGACCAACAGAGGUUGAUCUUUGCUGGGAAGCAACUGGAGGAUGGAAGGACUCUUGCUGACUACAACAUUCAGAAAGAGUCUACUCUUCACCUUGUCUUGCGUCUUCGUGGUGGGUUUUGAGUUUGAGAAUGGUCUGCAGGUCCUUGUUUGGUGUGAACUGAAGUAUGUGAAAGUCUAUAAUCUGGUCUUUUCUUUUUUUAUGUUCCUGAACUUUGUGUAUGUGUGCAUCCCGGGUCCAUUAGCGGACCUUGAAAAGCUAUGAAUGUGUACAAUUUGCAAUCAUGUUUUAAUGAAUUUAGUACUUUCAAUACCUUA